UACACACGACAGGACAGCCAGGAGUGGAGCUGACAUCCAGAAGUUAUACAGACUUCCUAUCUCCAACGAAAUGUCAACAACCGAAGGUGAAGCUCAGGGGGAAGAUGAGACUCGGGCUCUGCUUCAAGAGUCAGACCCUGAUCAACCUCAAGUUCCUAUCUCCAACGAAAUGGUAGCUGAGACUCAAGCUGAAGUUCAAGCUGAAGCUCAAUGUUCAGGGACGGUCAUUACAGCAUAUAGAGAGUUGUUAACGGAGCUUAGAAUUCGCAGCAUGAUAGGGUCUUAUAUGAUGUACGACCAGGCAGACAAAUACGGUAACUGGGCGUUCUGGUUGCUUAUAGCAACUAGUGUACUAAUGGGCCUGGCUGCAGGAGGUUUAUCCCAGUACAUCCCUAUAGGGAAGGGAAGGAUCCCUUUUAUAUCUAAGAUGACCAUAGGAUUUAUCACUACCACAAGCGGCACCUUCAAAGCUGGCAGCAUGUUUCUUUAUAAAAAGUUUGAGGAGAAGCAGGAGCUCUUCAACAAGACAGGCGCCGGAUGGCAGGAACUAGAGUUAAACAUCCGUCACUUCCUUGCUACUACUGAGGACACAGACAACAGAGAUAAGUACGAACAAUUCACAAAGGAGUGUAUAAAACAACGGGGAGAUAUAUGCCGUCUGUCAAAACCAGAGAGGGGCAUCUACAAAAAGUUCAAUGAAGGUUUUCCCAGUAUCGUAGUGAAGCGAUAUAAUAACAAGAGAGAUGUCGUCGCACAUAUUCGAGCUGAACUUGAAGAGUCGGAUUCCUCCUCCGAAGAACCUGGAGAUAACUGAUGUUACUCUAUUUAACCUGCCACAUUUUUGCAGCAAAUGCUUUCCCCACUGUUUUUUAAAACUACUUUAUGCU